AUGUGGAAGACAAAUAUAGCAGUCAAUGUAGUUCAAGUUCAUGAGCAAUGCAUUCAUUGUGUAGUGAGUGAUACACUGACUGGGUACCAUAUUAUGCUAACAGUAGUGUAUGCUAGAAACAAGCAACAUGAGAGAACAAGGUUAUGGUAUGAACUGCAAAUGAUGGGAAAUCAGGUUCAAAUCCCAUGGCUCAUAAGUGGGGACUUUAAUAGUGUUCUCAAAACUGAGGAUAGGAUGGGACAACCAGUUACUAUGAAUGAGAUAAAAGAGUUCAAGCAUUGUAUUGACUCCAUACAAUUGACCCCAUUGAACACAAAAGGUUGUUUCUAUACCUGGUGCAAUAAACAGUAUGCAGAUGAUAGAGUGUAUAGUAGAAUAGAUUGGGCCUUUGGCAACUUUGAAUGGAUCAAAAAAUAUGGACAUGUGGAUGUUGUUGGUCUGGAACCUGGGGUAUCAGAUCACUCUCCUAUAGUGAUCCAAAUAUGGAAGACGAAGAAUAUAUAUCCUAAACCUUUCAAGCUGUAUAUGAAAUUGAAGACUGUAACUAAGGGAUUGAACAAGGAGAUGACAAGCUAUGAAAAAAGAUUGAACCACAUCAGGCAACAACUAGAGCAUGUGCAGAAUAAUCUGAAGAUCAGUCCUUUAAAUCAAGAAAUGAUAGAAAAGGAAAAGCAGCAACAAGAGCUAAUUCAGGAAGUCACUCAUGAAGAAGUUGAUGCAGCAGUGAAAGACAUGCCAAAUGACAGGGCACCCGUCUACAAGAUUAUAGCAAAAAUAAUGACUAAAAGGAUCAAGAAGGUAAUUGAGUGCUUAAUUGGGAAAGCACAAUCUGCAUUCAUAGAAGGGGGGAGCAUUGUGGAUAAUGUUCUGUUUAGCCAUGAGCUGUUUAAUGGUUACAACAGGAAAGGUCUAUCACCAAGAUGUAUUCUCAAGGAAGAUUUAAAAAAGGCAUAUGAUUCAUUGGAUUGGAAAUUGUUAAUAUAUAUGCUCACAGAUCUUGGAUUUCCACAGAAAUUUAUUGGGUGGAUCAUGGAGUGUGUGACAACAUAUUUGCAGAGGGAGAUGAGUACAUUGGCUGUGCAGAAGGAAUUCAGAUACCACCCAAAAUGCAAGAAGCUUGGAGUGACACACAUAUGCUUUGCUAACGAUCUGUUAAUGUUUUGCAGGGGUGACAAACAAUCAGUAAAUGCAUUGCAGAACACUUUAAAUAAGUUCUCAAACGCAUCAGGAUUGCAAGCAAGUGCAGAAAAGAGCUCAAUCUAUAUUGCAGGGAGGGCAGUAUACCCCAUUAAAUAUCUGGGAGUUCCAUUGUCUGCAAGGAAGCUAAACAUACACCAAUGCCUGCCUUUAGUUGAGAAGAUCACAGAGAGAGUCAGAUGCUGGUCAGCAAGGAUGCUUUCUUAUUCAGGAAGAGUUCAGCUUAUCAAAUCAGUCCUAUUUGGUGUACAAACAUAUUGGGCUCAAAUAUUCUUAAUCCCAAAGAAGAACAUGAAGAUGAUAGAGACUGUAUGCAGGACUUUUCUGUCGACUGGUUCAAAUGAAUUCUCCAGGAAAACAUUGCUUGCAUGGGACAAAAUAUGCCAACCAAAAUCAGCAGGUGGAUUGAAUGUGAUAAACAUGAGGAUAUGA